GCUGGGCUGCGCUGGGCUCUGCUACGGUGCAGGGUAGUGGCUAGUGUCGCGGGAAUGAUUAGCAUUUUACCAACGCAUCGUGUUCACAAGCCAAGAGCCUUCUGGUUCGAUUAUAAAAUAAACACAUUUAAUUUAACCCUUCUUUGUACACAUUUUGUGUACCACCACAGCUGAAGACCUGGAAUCGAAAAUGAACUGGGGGUCCUUUUACGCCGUGAUCAGCGGCGUAAACAGGCAUUCCACUGGCAUCGGCCGCAUCUGGCUGUCUGUUAUCUUCAUCUUCAGAAUCCUGGUCCUCGUGGUGGCGGCCGAGUCGGUCUGGGGUGACGAGAAGUCUGGCUUUACUUGCAACACCCAGCAGCCCGGCUGCAACUCUGUCUGCUAUGACCAGUUCUUUCCCAUCUCACACAUCCGCCUGUGGGCCUUGCAGCUCAUCCUGGUGUCCACGCCUGCUCUCCUAGUGGCCAUGCAUGUAGCCCAUCGCAGACACAUCAACAAGAAGAUCCUGAAGAAGUCUGGGCGCGUUUCCCCGAAGGAGCUGGAACAAAUCAAGAAUCAGAAGUUUGCGAUCACAGGCGCCCUCUGGUGGACCUACAUGAUCAGUGUGCUGUUUAGGAUCGUUCUGGAAGUCGGCUUCCUUUAUAUAUUCUACCUGAUCUACCCUGACUUCAAGAUGUUCCGUCUGGUCAAGUGUGACUCGUACCCCUGUCCCAACACUGUGGACUGCUUCGUGUCGCGACCCACGGAGAAAACCAUCUUCACCGUUUUCAUGCUCUCCGUGUCGGGGGUGUGUGUUCUCCUCAACCUGGCCGAGGUGGCCUACCUGAUUGGUCGAGCCUGUCUGAGGUGUAUCCAUGGUAAACAGGAAGAGACUAAGGUAGCAUGGAUCGGUCAGAAACUGUCCUCCUACAAACAGAAUGAAAUCAACCAGAUGAUCGCUGACCAGUCGAAGUUCAAGUUCAACAUGGGAGCUAGGAAAACCUCUAUGGAGAAGGGAGAGAGGUGCUCUGCUUUCUGAUAGGUUGCCCUGGAGAGGGAGAGGUGUUCAGAUUUGCUGCCUAUGGAGAUGAGAGCGAGAGAUGGGCUCUGCUUUCUGAUAGGCUUCCAAGUCCUAGUUCCCACUCAUUUUCACUGCUUCAAACUAAAGAACUAACCAGCUUGGAACCAUACUGUAUAGAAAUCCUCAUACAAUAGCUCCAUCUAGUCAUAACGCCAAUCAUCAUUUAUUUCUUGCUCCAUUUUUUCUGGUGACUGGUGCUAUGUUCUGGUAGGAUAUGAAGAAGAACAAACAGACCCAGGCGGGGGGGGGGGGGGGGGGUAUUGGAUGGGCCCCCAAAAAUAAAACUAACCCGGACAAACUCAAUGCUGGAUUGGAGGGAGAACUUUGUUUGAUCGUGAUCAACACAGUCACUGUUUUGUCUCUCAACCUCGGGGCAGGAACUGGUGGAUAAAGGAACAUUUGUUUCAGCACAUGACUUGACAAACCCAUUGUAUUGGAACUCACUGAGUCUUCUACAGCGGGGAGACUACUCCUACAGCACGGAGACUACUCCUACAGCGGGGAGACUACUCCUACAGCGGGGAGACUACUCCUAUAGACUACUCCUACAGCACGGAGACUACUCCUAUAGACUACUCCUACAGCGGGGAGACUACUCCUACAGCGGGGAGACUACUCCUACAGCGGGGAGACUACUCCUACAGCAGGGAGACUACUCCUACAGCAGGGAGACUACUCCUACAGCGGGAAGACUACUCCUAUAGACUAUUCCUACAGCGGGGAGACUACUCCUAUAGACUACUCCUACAGCACGGAGACUAUUCCUACAGCGGGGAGACUACUCCUACAGCACGUAGACUACUCCUAUAGCACGGAGACUACUCCUACAGCGGGGAGACUACUCCUAUAGACUACUCCUACAGCACGGAGACUACUCCUACAGCAGGGAGACUACUCCUACAGCAAGGAGCAGCGGGGAGACUACUCCUACAGCAAGGAGACUACUCCUACAGUAAGGAGACUACUCCUACAGCAAGGAGACUACUCCUACAGCAAGGAGACUACUCCUACAGCAAGGAGACUACUCCUACAGCAGGGAGACUACUCCUACAGGAAGGAGACUACUCCUACAGCAAGGAGACUACUCCUACAGCAGGGAGACUACUCCUACAGCAGGAACAAAUCACUCAUUAAGACAUUGAAGGUCUUUUUAAUGGUGCACAGCAAACGAUGGAGCUUUGUUUGAGUACUAUCGGUACCAAGAGGGUAAGCAGCAGCGACGUGGAGAACUGGAUGUCCUAAAAUGGAUUCCUGACAACUUCCAUUAACCAGUACAAAAGGAUAUGUUCACAUCUCACAUUAUUCUGUUAUAUAUGCUCAUAUCCCACAAUAUACUGUUAUAUAUACAUGAUAUGCUCAUAUCCCACAGUGAUUUAUAUAUGAUAUGUUCAUAUCCCACAUUAGUGUCACAUGAUAAGCUCAUAUUUUUUUUAUUUUUUUAUUUUACCGUUAUUUUACCAGGUAAGUUGACUGAGAACACGUUCUCAUUUGCAGCAACGACCUGGGGAAUAGUUACAGGGGAGAGGAGGGGGAUGAAUGAGCCAAUAUCCCACAUUAGUGUUACAUGAUAUGCUCAUAUCCCACAGUGAUUUAUAAAUGACAUGCUCAUAUCCCACAUUACAGUAUAUACUGCAGUACUGACGAUGGAGGCUCUUUACACAACAACAUCUUUAGCUGCAAAGUAAACCGUAUUUAUUGAGGUUACUUCUCACAACCAAAGAUCUGAUAGUGGAUUGAUGGAUACAAAUCUUUGUUAUUAAUAGGCGUGGGUUUUUCUAGGCUCUCAGAUGGUACUAUAGAGUCUCAUGGUGUUGCUAGGCUCUCAGAUGGUACUAUAUAGUCUCAUGGUGUUGCUAGGCUCUCUGAUGGUACUAUAUAGAAUGUCAUGGUGUUUCUAGGCUCUCAGAUGGUACUAUAGAGUCUCAUGGUGUUGCUAGGCUCUCAGAUGGUACUAUAUAGUCUCAUGGUGUUUCUAGGCUCUCAGACGGUACUAUAUAAUCUCAUGGUGUUGCUAGGCUCUCUGAUGGUACUAUAUAGUCUCAUGGUGUUUCUAGGCUCUCAGACGGUACUAUAUAAUCUCAUGGUGUUUCUAGGCUCUCGGAUGGUACUAUAUAGUCUCAUGGUGUUUCUAGGCUCUCAGAUGGUACUAUAGAGUCUCAUGGUGUUUCUAGGCUCUCAGACGGUACUAUAUAGUCAUGGUGUUUCUAGGCUCUCAGAUGGUACUAUAUUGUCUGUCAUGGUGUUUCUAGGCUCUCUGAUGGUACUAUAUAGGCUCAUGGUGUUUCUAGGCUCUCUGAUGGUACUAUAUAGUCUCAUGGUGUUUCUAGGCUCUCAGACGGUACUAUAUAGUCAUGGUGUUUCUAGGCUCUCAGAUGGUACUAUAUUGUCUCAUGGUGUUUCUAGGCUCUCUGAUGGUACUAUAUAGUCUCAUGGUGUUUCUAGGCUCUCAGAUGGUACUAUAUAGAAUGUCAUGGUGUUUCUAGGCUCUCAGACGGUACUAUAUAGUCUCAUGUUUUUAGGCUCUGACGGUACUAUAUAGUCUGUCAGUGUAGUCUUAUGAUUUCGCUAGGCUCUCAACGGUACUAUAUAGUCUGUCAGUGUUUCUCGGCACUCAGAUGGUACUAUAUAGUCUUAUGAUUUUGCUAGGCUCUCAAUGGUACUAUAUAGUCUGUCAGUGUUUCUAGGCUCUGAUGGUACUAUAUAGUCUGUCUUGGUGUUUAAAAAACUCUGACAUGUUAAUCACAGGCAUCUCAACCCAUUAUUGUGGAUCUGUCCAGAAAUUGUGGAAUUGACAAGUCACAUGAUGUGCAGUGAAACCUAUGAAGAGGCAAGAAUGAAUUAUUUCAGGCUUGGGCGUUGCCAGGCAAAGUAGAUUAACCAAUAACCUCCUGGUUUUUGAUUGGUUGAAAAUAGGCUGUUGCCAUUUUACAUUUACCUACAGUAAUUUUAUUCCAUUAAAUCAUUUUAUUUGCAUAAUAUAUUUUAUUUUACACAUUUAAUGAGAGGAAAGUUAUUGUACUGUAAUAUAAUCCUGCUCCAUCUCCUCUCUCUCUUUUCCUGUUUUAGUGUCCAGUUCGUCAGUUUACAAUUUAAUCAUACACAUUGUUCUCAUAGAAGGCUAAAUACAUUUGUUGUACAGUAAAAUUAUAAAGAUAAUGAAUUGAACCUGUGCUUGUCAUUCAGCUGGUCAACAGCUCUUUAUUUCUGCUGUAGUUACAGUAUUAAUGUUCAUCUACCGUCGGUAAACCAAGUCUUUGGGUCACUUUCCUAAAAUGUCCCUGUUUCCACAACUCCUAGUUGGAGGAUUAUGAAUUUUGGGGAAAGUUAACAGAAUUUUGCAGCCCUAAUCCAGUCCAUGGUGUAUAUAGACAGGUUGUAACCGUGUAUAUGUAUAUAUUAUUGGAAUAAAAUACAUAAUGAUUUGAACAACUCAAA